AUGCAAAGCCCAAAGGCAAUGAAAAGCGUCUGCAUCGUCGGCGCAGGACCAGCAGGACUGGCGGCUGCAAAGGUCCUCGCUCCGCGCUUCAGAGUGACCGUGUUCGAGCAGUCUGGAAAAAUCGGCGGCAUAUGGCAGGAUGCAAAUGAUGGAUUUCUCGGCCCCGAAACACCUACAAACUUGUCUAGAUACACCGUGGGCUUCUCGGAUUUGGAUUGGAACUCGAUCGAACUGGGUGCAUCAGCAAUCCCUCUAUUCCCAAAAGCGUGGCAGGUCAACCGAUACCUCUUGGCUUAUGCGAAGAAGCUGCCCCGGGACACUAUCAAACUUGGUCACAAAGUGGUCAGAACGGAGAGAAUAGCAUCUCAAGACUCAUCGACAGCUACUUGGUCCAUCACCAUUCGCCAUGAAGAGUCCGGAGAACAGACAAGAAAGUUUGACUACUUAGUUAUGGGCACUGGCUUCUUUUCGCGGCCACGGCCUCUCUCUGCAGCGGUUGCCAAUGUCUCCUUACAUGAUACGAAGGUCACUAGUUUGCAUAGCUCACGGUUCAGAAAGCUGCAAGAUCUGUUCCCUGAUGAUCAGGAUGCGGCUGGCAGGACUAUCCUCAUGAUAGGAGGCGGGAACUCCUCAGGAGAGACCGCCGCAAAUAUCGCUCAACAGCUUUCCGAUUCCCAGUACUCUCCUGAUAGUAGUAUGCGGGAAAGAUACAAGGAAUGCAAGGUCAUCCACGUUACUCCGCGGCCGUUGUAUGCACUCCCUCCUUUCGUUCCGGCAAACGCGGAGUAUAACACUUUCAUGCCCUUGGAUCUCAAACUGUACGAUCUCUCACGGCGACUUCCAGGAGACAUCAGCGGUAAUGCUGGUCGCGUUGCCGAUACUGUGAAGAAUAUGAUCCAUCAGAGUAUGCAGGCUACCAUCGGUGGCGAUCAAUCAGACCUUGGCUCACUUGGCUUGGUCAUUCCACCAGGAGAGCCACGAAGUGCGGUCCACGUUGCUAUCAGUGAAAGUUAUCCGGAAUUUGUCAGAAGUGGUCUCAUAUCUGUGAUUCCUGGUCGUGUGACGGCAGUCGAAGCGACCCAAGAAGGAGACGCCAUUGCAUGUGUUCGCCAAGCGGAUGGUGAGACUGUGAUUGAAAACGUUGGCGCGGUGGUCUUUGCCACUGGCUUCUCGCCUCACAAUGCCAUCGAUAUUCUCCCCGAAGAUGUCAAACAAGAGCUACAUUACGAUCCAAAUAGCUCGCGACUUCCAAUCGUCCUAUCAGCGUGGCAGACAAUGGUUCGCAGUGUUCCUGACCUGGCGUUUGUCGGCUUUUAUGAAGGCCCGUACUGGGGUAUUAUCGAGAUGCAAGCUCGUUUGACGGCUCACCGAUGGCUCAAGGGCGACAUUCCUCCCCAGCGUGAAUUCGAGGAAACCGAUAAGCUGCUCGAUCUACGAAGCCGGAUGCAACAUCGAAGCCUCGACGUACCGCAGUAUUGGUUUGGUGAUCCUCUUGGCUACAGCGAGGAGAUUGCCAGAUAUCUCCAGCUGGAGAGGAAUGACGGACCUUUCGAAGACAGGGAAGGAUGUAUGUCGCCCGCAAGAUAUCUCUCAUUCGACACGGAUGGGUCUGCGGCAGGCUCCAUUGUACGAGAUCUACACCAAGCCUGGAAUGCGUGCAAGGAGGGCAGAUACGUUGCUCGCGCCGCCUUUCGUGCUCUGCAAGGCAACUGGAACAUCGAGAGAACCAUCAGGAGUGCACUGUCAAGUUAUCCCUCAGGGACCUUGGAAGGAAAGGCAGGCUUCUAUCCACGCUUUCCGACCCCGGACAAGACAGGACAGACCUUUGAUUUCGAGUACCUCUAUAUCGAGUCUGGCACACUGGUCCUCUCGAAUGGUGCUAUGAUGAACGCUAGAAAACGAUAUGUAUACCGGUACAACGAAGCUGAUGACAAGCUGAGCGUAUGGUUCGUCAAGCCCGACAACGAUCUGGAGGUUGACUAUCUCUUCCACAACAUGGCAUUCGUCUCUCCAACAGAAGCCGCGAAGGAGCACGCUUGCAUUGCCAAAGCCGAUCAUCUGUGUGUGGAGGACAUGUAUGAGACCGAAUAUAGGUUUCCAUUCAGUGGCAUCUCUCUGCUUGAGUUCGAAACCCAGCAUACGGUCAAGGGUCCWAGCAAGGACUACGUCGCAACAACCAGCUACCGAAGACCCGAUUUAAACUGUGCCGACAGUCAGAAUCAGCGUAGCUGA